AUGCAAAACAAUGCUAACAUAACUAAAACAACAGAUGUAUAUGCCAUAUUAACAAAUGAAUCUUACCUUGAAAUACCUGCAAAUACCUCAAAGGAAAAAACUAUAUUAGCUUCUUCUUCUUCAAUUCAAGAAAUAUAUACAGAUGAACAUCCUAAAAACUCUUCUACAGAAGAGCAACAGGAUACCUCUAGAACUAAUGAAAGUAAUAAUACUUAA